AUGGGCGACGAUGCAAGACAUGCAGUGGACGACUUAGCCCACGCCCUCGGCUUUCAUGAUGGACAACAGACCACUUAUGUUCCCUAUCUCAACUAUAUCCAAGGAUGCUGGCCAGGAAAACGAACCAAGAAUGAAUUCGUGCAGUUGUUUGCCGAAGUUGUGACAUUCUUUAUCGAACAUCACGAGUCUUCUGUUCAAAGCUAUAUAGAUUCUCUUGUGAAUCAUAGUCAGCACACCUACUUUCAGGACACUCUUCCUGCCUCUAAAGUUCGUAAGAUCGCAGUUGAGGAUGCAGUUCUGCUCAUCCUUGGCUCAUGGACAUUGAUGCGCACGUAUUUUAUUCCUUUACAUGGACGACCGAGACAUAUCUUUCAGGUGGCCUCAAAUUGCCAAUCUGACCUUGAGCCUAUGCAGCAAUCUCUGUUUAAUCUGAUCGGAAGCUCCGGCUUGAUCCCAAAUUCUCGGGAAGCCCUACCUCCCAUUGAAUCCGUUACGCAGCCGGAUUUGGAACUGGACGACAUGUCUUCGUUGAGUCCUUCAUUUGCCAAUCACUCAUCGGCUGGACUAAUCGAGUCACUGUCCAUCGAAGCUAGGGACCUCAAUCUAUCCAAACUCAUGACUCUGGCCCGGGUGCGUCUAAUAUGGACGGACAACCUGUCCCGCCAUCUUUUACUAUCUAGACGCGGUCAGAAGAAGUACCUUGAGCUUUUUGCCCUUCCAUGUGCACUGCAUCGAGGAAGUCUCAACGUAUUUGGCACUAUUGGCAUCUCUGCCGACCUCCUCGAUGAGAUCGAAUCAUCCUACGCAAACCUAUUUAACCCGAUCGUUCCAAACCGUAUACACAAGUAUGUCGAAAACUUCAUCGGGCUUCGACUAUGGUGUUGGUGCCUUAGUUGCUCUUCACAACGGUUAAAAAGUCGUGAACUACGCAUGCUCAAAAGCCAGGUCUCUCGCGUGGGACGACGUAAUGACCGAUUUCGUCAUAGUCAGCUACAGCUACCUUACGACCCCAUGCUUGAUACUUUGGCUGGACGGGAGGCGACCUGGUGGGAUCAAACCGAGUUCGAAAAUCUCUGGCCGCGAAUUCUGGCUCUCGAGAAAUGCUUGCAAGAAGCGCGCCCGUGGAGCUUCUGGGUUUUGCUACGGGAUAAACGAGACACGGUUCAAUAUUGGACAUUCCUGUUCGGAACAGUUAUUCUCGCGCUCACUAUGGUACAAGUUGUCUUGGGGGCAUUACAAGUGUCCGGAUCAUAA